AAGUUCGUCGGGUUCAUAUUAAAUCCAAUAAAAAAAGAUUAUCGGGUUCAUCGGGUUGGAUUCAAAUAACCGUAACACAAUUCAACUCAAUACCUACGAUUUGAAGAUUUACCCCUAAUAGAAUUUAAUCUUUGGAUAUUUAUUUCCUAUAAAAGGGACCAUUUGAAGAAACUCAAACAAGAAUCCAGCUAUUGCUAUGAAGACGAUUCUCUCCCCAUUGCUCGCCAUUCUCAUAAUUCAUCAUCUUCUUCAAGCAAAUUCUGCUUCAAUCCAACCAGAUCCAGGAACUGUAAUUUCCGGUAGAAAUAGAUACCUAAGAACGUUGCCGUCGUCUCCUCCGUCGCCUGAGCUGGAUCGAAGUUCACAUUAUUUCAGCUUCUUUCAACCUCCGCCACCGCCAACGGAGCAGAUGCAAAGCACUACCACAAAUUUCCGUGUGGUACGUAAGGGUUCACCACCGGCACCGAAAGUAAGUCGACCUCGGAAUUUCCGUAUCCCUUAUUUACCAAAACCACGGCCACCGCUAAGUCCGCUACUGCCACCACCGUCGCCGCCACUGGUGGCCGGACCACCUACGAAGUACAACAUCCCUCCACCACCGCCGAAAAGUUCUUAA